AUGGAUGAGGGUAACCCACAGACGUGGGCUGUCGAUAAGUUGUCGAAUGGUAUGUACACAAUUAAAAAUUUGGCAACAAGUAAGUUUAUCCCAGCUCCUGAAGGUCCUUCAGAUUGGUAUCAACCAAUCGUUCUUGGAGACACAAAAGGUAGUUUUGAAAUUGCUGAUUUUGAUAGCGGCUUGUAUACUAUCAAAGCUGCCAAUACAGACUUAUUCUUGGGAAGAAAUCUUGCCGAAGAUCGCUCAGUUAUGCCAAAGCCGGUCUCAUUUAUUGACGAACAAGCACCUAUAGACACCAGAAUCUUUGCCUUUAUUCCAACUAAGGAUCGCCGUCGUCAUUUUCAUUUUGAUCGUAGAUACAAGAACAUAAAUUAA